UAUCUACUCUGUGAUUCCUUCUUUGUCAAUUUUGACAUUGCGUAUUUUGAAGUAUUCUUAUAUUUCUCUUUCUUGAUUUAUUUAUAAACAAAACAUUUAUUUUAGAUUAAACCUUCAACUUCAAAUAUUAUCAACAAAUUCAACAAUGAGCAAUUCGGCAGCAAAAGUUGGAGAAAUAUUCACUGAAGCAGGAGCUGCAUUCAACAAACUUGCAGAAAUGACUAUGUUAUUGCAUCCCAUGGCCGAAUCAACAACUGUUGCUCAAGUAAAAACACCAGUGAAGAGGAAGGCAGAGGACAAAUCACCAGCAGCUCACAGCAUCAGCCCGGUCCACAGUGUACACACCACUCCUCUCUCACAACAGGUUACCCUCAAUAUGCUGAAUGCUUCAGAAUCUGAAAUGGAUGUAGAAGGGAUCAGAAAUGAUGUAAAAUUGGAGUUUGAAACAAGCAAUGAAGAAGUUCCAACAUAAAAAAGUACCUACAAUAAUAUUAACCAGUAACCAUAUUAAUUCUAGAUUGACCCCCUUGUUUAUAUAACAGUUAUAAUUAGAAAAAAAAUGAUAUGGCCUCUAAAACUGUUUGUUAUUGAUGUAGACAAUAUAGCAAACCAGUCAGUUUUAAAAUGUAUAAACUUCAUUUUAUUAAAUAAGGUUUUAGAUUAA